AUGGGCGUUAAUGGACUUCUUCCACUACUAAAAAGUAUACACGAUCCAUGUUCUUUAGAGAGGUAUAGAGGAAAAACAUUGGCCAUUGAUACAUAUGGCUGGCUACAUCGAGCUGUGGUUUCGUGUGCUGAGGAUCUUUGUCUUGGUAGGCCAACAAGACGAUACGUCACAUACGUGCGUAACAAGAUCGCAAUGCUCCAGGAUUUUCAAAUAACACCGUACUUUGUAUUCGAUGGAGCAUCAUUGAGAACGAAAGCGCAAACGAAUGACGAGAGAAGAAAAUCGCGUAAAGAAGCAUUGGCGUUAGCGCAACAGUAUGCCAAGCUGGGUAGGUCGGACUUGGCAGGAAAGCAGUAUAUGAAAGCUGCAUGCGUUACCUCGCAGAUGGCGAAACUGAUCAUGUGCGAAUUAGAUCUUUUAAAAAUUAAGUAUGUUGUUGCGCCGUACGAAGCUGACCCACAAAUGGUAUACUUGGAGAAAAUAGGAUUGGUAGAUGGCAUAUUGAGUGAGGAUUCGGAUUUGCUUAUAUUUGGGUGUCGGAAAUUGAUCACUAAAUUGAAAGAUGAUUCAACAUGCGUUGAGAUUGAUAGGCACAACUUUAAGAAUGUUGCCAACAUGUCCUAUCUAGGUAACUUUAGUGAGUCGCAACUAAGACUCGCAGCAAUGUUAUCAGGCUGUGACUAUACUAAAGGUGUCCAAGGUAUAGGACUCAAGUCGUCAGUUCAAUUAGUGCGAAAAUAUAUUUAUUUGCAAAAAGUCAUUUUGGCUAUUAAAGCUUCAGGCAAGAUGGUUCCAGAUAACCUUGAAGAUGAUAUCUAUAGAGCAGAUCUUGCAUUUCAAUUUCAAAAAGUCUUUGAUCCGCGAAGUCAAAAGUUGACAACUUUAAAUGAGUUACCCGAGGAGCUCGAAGUUGAUGUCGAAAUCCUUGAAAUGUAUUGCGGUAGAUGCAUAGACGAUCGAUUGAUUCAACACGUUUGCAACGGUGUAAUUGACCCUAAUACGCAUGAGCCGCUCAUUUCUCGAGACCAAAGUCUAUCUUUGCUCAAAUCGCAUUCGCUCAGGAUGGGAAUGAGCAGCGUUACUACUACUACUUAUAAAAAUAAUAACAGCAAUGAUAAUAAUAAUAACAACAAUAUCAAAAUUAACCAGAGUUUGAGUUCAAUGAACUGCAGAGUUGCUAGGCGUUCACAAUCGGAAACUAUUGGAAAGGGAUCUCCAAAUUCAAUACUAGAUAUGCUUAGUUUCAGCAAGUGUAGCCCUAAGCGUACUAAAAGACGCCUCGAAGCGGAAGCAGAUAUUACGGUACAAUUGGAACUUGAAGCCAAAGAAAAAGCAAGAGUGAAAACAAGCACAAACAGAAACACAAACACAAGCACAAACACAAGCACAGAACACGAGCAACACAAUGCAACCUUUAGAGAACCUGAUCUACCACUUAAAAAGAUAUUUUUUGAUAAAUCAAGACUCAGAAAUGAUACUUCGCCCACUUCUAAAAAAUUGAAAAAAUUACAGUCACCAUUAUCGUUGCAAAAAACCCCGACAACGACAAGUAAAUAUUUUAGUGCGCCAAAAGUGAAGGAAGUUGAAAAUGACGAGGAUCCAGAGAUUUGGAAUUCCAGUUUCUUUGAAGACUCUGAGAUUCCAGAAUCGUCGCCCAAAUUUGGAUUCGAUACGAGAGAUAUAUUAGCCGAUUAUGAGAAGGACACCGUUUCAACAAAUGUGGAUGAUGCCAAAAUCGAAAUCGAAACUGAAACUGAAGCUGAAGAUGAACUUGGAAAUGAAAAUGGAAAUGAAAAUGAAAAUGAAAAUGAAAAUGAAAAUGAGACUACAACAAUAGAUGCAGAUGGGGAUGGUGAUGAACAGAUUGUAGAUUCACUUCCAAAUUUUGAUUCUAUGAUAGUGGACGUCGCUCCGAUUAGUAUACUGCGAAGCAAAGUUCGAAGAAUGCAAACUACAAAGAAACAGGAAACACGCAGGGAGUUUGAAGUUGCAAAUACUGAUGACGACAAUGAUUACGAUGAUGAUGACGAAAUCGAAGAAUCACCUAUAAGAAAAGACUAUUCGCAGAAUACAAGCACAAUAAGAACACAAGUUGAUUUUAAGGCACUUAGAUCUGCUUUCCAGUGUCACACCGAUAAUUUCAAUCUACCACUCGGUCAAAAGCCGCAUAAGCCACAAGCCCAGUUGUCUCAGAAGCAUAGCGAUUAUCGCAAAAAAAGACCAGCUUUACAAGACAAACCAGUAAAUACCAUGCCAAAGUCGAUUCAAAAAGUUGCUGCACAUAUUAGAGACAAUACUGAGUCGAGAAAGUGCGAAAUUGAAAAAAAAGUGCGUUUCAAAACUAAAAGUCCACUGCCAAAACGAGUUUGCAAACGGAUAGACUUGAAGCAAUUUGUAUAUUAA